GUAAACCUCCCGCCAAUGAUGAUGACGAUUGAGGAGAGUACGUCUUCGGAACGGGCUUGUUUUUAGCAAGAAACAACGUUUUCAGUUUCAAAGGAGUUGUAGCGCUACAAUGUGGGGUGAUAACUGGACUUUUUUGUUCGGCUUCUGUACUGGAUUUAGCUCUCUCUGAAGUAAAGCAGUCCCCAAACCUGUGCCUUCAUAAGGAAAAUGAGUUAGUAAAACUUCAAGUAUUUUGCUUUGUGUGACUGGUGACUUUCCCGACAUGCCCUGCGAAUCAAGAGCAUAGUUGCCUUCAGUUUAUUUCAGAAAACAGCUAACGCUAGUUGUAAGUUGGACCAUGAGAAGCACACUGUCAUAAUCCUUUAUGUCACUAGGUCAAAGUGUGUGGUAUGACAACUAUGGAUGAAGUGGGCUGAUGUUACUUCAGAGCCUUUGAUGAGCUGAGACACCCGCUACAUAAUUUUCAGAAGACCAUCAUGUUAACAGACAUGGACUCAGACCCUCCUCAGCUUGUGAAUCCUCCACCCCCCGAGGUGACCAAUCCUGACAAACCGGGCCGGAGGACCAACCAGCUGCAGUUUAUGCAGAAUGUAGUGAUCAAGUCCCUGUGGCGGCACCAGUUCGCCUGGCCUUUUUACCAUCCUGUGGAUGCAGUCGCUCUUGGGCUCCCAGAUUAUCAUACGAUAGUAAAAUCUCCCAUGGACUUGGGUACGAUCAAGAAACGACUAGAAAACAACUACUACUGGAGUGCAAGUGAAUGCUUGGAAGACAUCAACACUAUGUUGACCAACUGCUACAUUUAUAACAAGCCUACAGAUGACAUAGUGUUGAUGGCCCUCGCCUUAGAAAAGCUUUUCUUGCAAAAAGUUGCCCAGAUGCCUCAGAAUGAAGUGGAGCUUUUGCGUACUGCAGCCAAAGGGAGGGGCAAAAAAGGUAGCACAUCAGCUGGACAAGGUGGAACUACGACACCCACAAAAAAGAAAGGGCUGAAAAGGAAGGAAGAUGCAACCACUGUUUUGUCCUCAGCGGUCACAAGCACUUUAUCACAACAGAAAAGGAGACAGGAAAGCACAGAACAAGCUUGUAAGAGCAACUUUGAAGAAACUGAACAGUGCGGACUAAGUGAACAGCUCAAGUACUGCAGCUGUAUCCUGAAGGAGAUGCUGUCUAAUAAACACUCAGCCUACGCCUGGCCUUUUUACGAGCCUGUCGACGCUGAAGCUCUGCACCUUCUCAAUUACCAUGACGUCGUCAAAUAUCCUAUGGAUCUCAGCACUGUCAAAAAAAAGAUGGAUGGGGGCGAGUACCUGGAUGUACAAGGUUUUGCUGCAGAUGUUAGAUUGAUUUUUUCUAACUGCUACAAAUACCACCCUCCAAAUCACUUUGUUGUCUCCAUGGCCAGAAAGCUUCAGGGAGUGUUUGAGAAGAUGUUUGCAAAGAUGCCAGAUGAGCCUGUGGAGAUGAUUUCCCCAGCGAGUGCGAUGUCCUCUAAAAGUUCAUGUUUCAGUGGGCUAAGUGAUGACGGCUCCUCCGGUUCUGACAAAUCCAACUCGGCAGAGGAGCGUGCCACCCAGCUUGCCGAGUUGCAAGAACAGCUUAAAGCAGUUCAUGAACAGCUUGCUGCACUCUCUGAAGUCCCUGUAAUGAAGCCAAAGAAGAAGAAAGAGAAGGACAAGAAAGAGGAGAGCAGGCAAAGUAAAGCCAGUAUGAAUUCUAAAUGUGCCUCGAGUUCUAGCUCCAGGAAGCCAUGGAAGGGAAGCAAAGACUGGGAUUCAGAUGAUGAAUCUCUGGUGAUGACUUAUGAUGAGAAGCACCAGCUGAGCCUGGACAUUAACCGGUUACCUGGCGUGAAGCUGGGCCACGUGGUGGACAUCAUUCAGUCACGAGAACCCUCAAUGUGCAGCACCAACCCAUACGAGUUUGAGAUUGACUUUGAGAUACUGAAGCCGUCCACGCUGCGUGAGCUGGAGAAGUAUGUGAAAUCUUGUCUGCAGAAGCAGUUUAAGAAAUUUCAAAAGAAAAGCAGUCAAGCUACGUCUCACCAUCCCUGCAGCAGCAGUUCUUCAGACUCUGCCUCCAGCAGCUCCACUGACUCCAGUUCAGAAAACUAACUCAUGACAACUUAGUUUCUAUUUAUCUCUUUUGUGGGCAAAAUAGUUUAUUUUUAAUAAAUGGCCUGCUUAUUUUUCUAUUUAUGUUUUAUUAUAUAGAAAACUCUCUUCUCACUUUUGUCUCUUUAUAAAUCACAGUAUCCAUCACUGCUGUUUGUCAUCACACUAUAUAAAUCCACAGAACAGCUGGAUGGCGCACGGCUGGGGCAUAUUUCAUAACAUCUGAGUUUCAGUCACUGUCCUCUUUCUGUCAUUUUGUCCACACUGUUUAAUUACAAUAUAGACCGUUUCCCCCUGCAUCUUAAUAAUGCUCUUCUGUUCUUCUAAACACCAGUUGUUUCACUAGACGUCUCUUGAUAGCAGCUGUUAAGUACGAGCAUUUAGCAGUAGGUUGUCUUGCAUAUGAGAGACUGCAACUUGGAUAUCUGCUAUACAGUGGGCAAUAUGCCUUUGGUAUUUUUAUUUGAAAAAUUAGAACAUGGAGAGAGACUAGGCAGGAUUGGUUUCAAGUCUGGAUGUGCACUUCACUUAAAUACUCCACUGUCAGGUGUAUUACAGGUGAAGUCAAAGAACACAUGUUGUCAGAGGCAGUGUUUGUGCAGAACAGGAUAUUGUGAUGAAGCUUUUAGGAGCUGGUGUGUGAAAUGGAGGUGUUUAUCUCCCAAAGUUUUAUUACAGCAUUUAUAUUUUUUUUUUCUACAUAUAAAAUGCUUUUAAUCACUUUCACUUAGUUUUCUUUUUUCAUGUAAGAAAUAUAGGUGGACAUAGGAGUGUCAUUUCAUUUGUGUUAUUAACUAAGAAUGGAUUUCAUUACUUCUGAUUAGUUCAUUACCUCCAGUCCUGAGCUGGAUCUGCAUCAUACUUGCCUACAUGGGCUUGUUUAAUAUAUUAACUAAGCCAUUAGCUUCCAUAAAAUAGUCACUGUUUAGCUUCUUGAAACAAUUAAUGUUUGACUUUUAAGCGUUAGAUUUACAGAUGUUUUGUCCUGUUGAAUUUCAUUCUCUCCAGAAGUAAAUUAAGUUGAAUUUCACAUUUUUUUCAGUGCCAUCUAUAGUUAUUGUUCCAUCAGUUGUUACAGCAAAAUAAUAAAACGGUUGAACAGUAACCUUUGUAAAGGGCCAGAUCAGUGUUGGAAAGUGCAGUCAUUUUUACUGUAAGUUACUUUUUAUUGAAUAUUUUCAGAAGG